UAAGAAUUUAAGAAACAAACAAUCCCACAAUUGUAUUAAUAACAAAACAUUUUUUAUAUUGAAACGUGCGCGAAAUACGCAAAUAACUGAAAACUAUUGCAACACACUGAAAGUACAGUCGCAUCGAAAAAAGUAAUUUCCGCAUUGAACCGUUAUACUACAGUUAGAGAGAAAGAGAGAGAGGAGGAAAAUGGCCGAUUGCUCAUUUGCCAGAUGCCAGCAGGAGCGGCGGCUCAUCAAGCGCGAGCUAAUGAAGUGGUCCAAGGAUAUGCUGCACAUUGUGGGCUUAGAACGCGUCGCUGAGGAAUUCAUGGGUCGCAGGAAAUGGAAACAUUAUCAAGAGCAAUUGACGCGCAACCAAUUGAAUAUCGCAGAGCAACAGCCCAUAUCAAUAAUAACGAGCGAAGAGACAGACGACAACAGCGAAUACAAGGAGACCCACUGCAAGCCACUGAGCCAACGCUUAGAGCAGCCCAACGGCCAGCCAAUCAGCAACAACAGCAACAGCAACAGCAACAACAACAACCACAGUUUGUUGCAAUUUGAAGGCGAUUUUGACAACAACCACGAUACAUCACACGAGGAACACGACUCAAGUGCAACAUCACGUAGCUCCGUCUCACCGACUCCACCGCCAGAACCCAACGAUUGGACACCGUUUGAUAAGUGCAAUUUCUGUGUUAACGGUCGCUUGCUAACGGUUAACGCCAAAGGCGAAUUGGUGGCCGAAUCAACGGCCAGCAGCAACAUCACCAGCAACAACAACUCAGCUGUGCAUCAGCACGACAGCGACAGCAACUCGAGCGUAUCGCUGCACAACAGCAGCACAAAUACCAACAGCAAGCAUAGAGCACGCAACAACAACAAUAACAAUAUCAACAAUAUCAACAACAACAUUGCCACAACGUCAUCGCCCACGAGCUCCAUAGAACUGUAUAAGCUGCUCACGCAGCAAACAGCCAAGAUGACAUCAAUGGAAUCAAUGGCCGCCAAGCUGGCCCAAUUCACAAUGAUGGCCGACAUCAAUUUGAUGAACACGCUGGCCAGUCAACAACAUGCCAACUCCGUAACACCAACUACCUCGGAAGUAGCCGCCGCUGCCGUGCCCAGUCCCACACUCAAGGAUGCACUGCACAGUCCACACAAUGCCGAUGCGCCGCUGGACCUAAGCAGCAAGCCAUCGCCGAACUCAUCGAUCAGCGGUGAUAUCAAGACAACCAGAGCUCUGUCGGAGUGUGCCACGCCCCUUGGAGCCGCCGGCCGGCAGGCGUACAGCAAUGAGGAUCUGAACAGCGCGCUGCAGGAUGUGCUGGCCAACAAGCUGGGCACACGCAAGGCGCCCAGCCAAUACCACGUGCAGCGCACGACGAUGCGCAGCAAACUGGGCAAAAUGUCAAUCGAUGGCAAACGUGCGACGCCCGACCUGCAGCAGCAGCAASUGUUGCAGCACGAGCUGGAGCUGGACGAGCAGGAGGAGUCCGGCGAUGAGGCCGGCGAUGGCGACAGCAAUGCGUCGGGCUACCAGGCCCAUCACAUGGUCGUCAACGAGCACCUGCGCAAGCUGGGCGACCUGUCCGAGCACAAUGGCAGCGACCUGGGCGACGAGCAGGAAUCGGUGAUGUCACCGAAACAGACGCAUUCCCAGGGCGCCGGCACGCCCACUGGCCACCUGCCGGGCGUACCAGCUGGCGGCAAUGUGGCCGGCGCCAUAGAUACGCGCAUGCUGCUGCAAACGCUGAUGCUGGCAGCGGGAAUCGGGGUGAUGCCCAAGCUGGAUGAGACGCAGACGUUGGGCGAUCUGUUCAAGACGCUGCUGAUGGCCAGCAGUGGCGGCAUUCUGGCCCAGGAGAGCAACGGCAGUGCCACGCUCUUGCAGCAGCAGCAGCAGCAACAGCAACAACAGCAACAGCAACUCGAUGCGGUUGCUGCCUUUCGUCGUCAUCUACCAAAGUCUGAAACGCCGGAGACUAGCUCCUCGCUGGAUGCCAAUGAGGCGUGCGAGGAUCCUAUACUGAAGAUUCCGUCCUUCAAGGUCAGCGGCGCAACCAGCGUCUCGCCCACCAACAGCAACAAUGCCAGCGCCAACAUCAUCGUCAACAACAACAGCAGCAACAACAAUAACAAUGGCAACAGCAGCAGCAACAACAACAACUCUAGCAGCAAUCGCAACGGGGAUCACAGUCCACACUCCGCCUCGCCGAUGCUGGCAGCAGCUGUUGCCGUUGCAGCCGCCAGCAACAGCUAUCGCAACAGCAACAACAGCAACAGCAGCACCAACCACCUGCUGUCGCCGACAGCAACAUCCAUACAAAAGAUGAUGGCCAACACCAUACAGCGCAAGAUCAACGAGCAGAGCAACCAGGACAGUCUCCUGGGCCUGGACAAGCGCAACAAUGGCAACACCAGCGGCAGCGAGUGCAGCAGCAGCGGCGGGGGCGGAGUAGGAGGCGGCGGCAAUACCAGCAGAAAGCCCAGCAUAUCGGUGGCCAAAAUAAUCGGUGGCACGGACACCUCACGCUUCGGCGCCUCGCCCAACUUGCUGGCCCAGCAGCAUCACAGCCAUCUGAGUGCCCAUCAUCAUGCCCACGCGCACACGCAUCCGCAUGCGCACCACCAGCAGCAGCAGCAGCAGCAGCAGCAACAGCAGCUGAGCGCGCAGGAGGCAGCGGCGCUGGCAGCUGGCAAGGGCACCCGGCCGAAGCGCGGUAAGUACCGCAACUAUGACAGAGACAGCCUGGUCGAGGCCGUCAAGGCUGUGCAGCGCGGCGAGAUGUCGGUGCACCGGGCCGGCAGCUACUACGGCGUGCCGCACUCGACGCUGGAGUACAAGGUGAAGGAGCGGCACUUGAUGCGGCCGCGCAAGCGCGAGCCGAAGCCCCAGCCGGAUCUGGUCGGGCUGACGGGCGCGGCGAAUAAGGUGAAUGCCAACUUGGUGGGGCUGAAUCAUCUGGACAAGCUGAAGGCGGGCAACAGCAGCAGCGGCAACAGCAGCAGCAACAACAGCAGCAGCAAUGUCGGCUCCAAGCUGAGCAACGCCCUGAAGAACAACAGCAGCGCGGCGAGCGCAGCGGCCGCUGCCACGCCCAACGGCCUGAAGCUGCCCAUUUUCGAUGGCGUUCAGCCGUUGUCCUUCCAGCCGACCAUGUUCUGGGCGCAGCCGAACGCCGGCGCCAACUAUGGCCUCGACUUGAAUCGCAAUAACGAAUUUCUGAACAACCAUCUGGCCGAGGUGAUACGCGGCAGUCCGCUGGGAGUGGCGGCCAAUCUGAACCACGGCCAUGUGCCGAGCGUGCACAUGAAGAGCGCCCUGGAGUACGCCGAGAACAUGUACGACGGCAUCAUACGAAAGACUCUCAAGCAGAACGACAGCGACGUCAUUCUCAACAGCAGCGGCAACAACAGCAACAGCGGCAAUGGCAACGGUACCGGCAACGGCAAUGGCACCGGCAACGGCAAUGCGCUGCUGGAUCAGCUGCUGGUGAAGAAGACGCCGCUGCCGUUCACAAACAAUCGCAGCAAUGAUUACAUCAACGCCACCUGCUCCAGCUCAGAGUCGAGCGUGAAGCGUCCGGGCAGCCCGCUGGGCGCCUAUGCGGAUAUUAAGCGCGAGCGACUCAGCCCCAUGCGCAGCACGGCGAGCGCCAGCAGUGAGGACGAGCAGGAUGCACAUGUCAACACCACCAAUAACAACAACAACAACAACAACAACAGUGAGUUGGCCCACAACAAGAACAACAAUGGCAAUGGCAACGGGCGCAGUCGGAUGACAUCGCGCGACUCGGAAACGGACGCCAGCAGCUUGAAGAGUGAGCAGUCGCUCAGCUCGGCAGCGCAGCUGCACAAAAUGAUGGAUCUCAAUGGCAGCAACAGUGUCAAAUACGAGCCAGAGCCGGCGGCAGCAACGGGGGCGCAAUUAUCGCCGAACAGUUCGAUACUGCACGACAAGCUGGCACAGAUCAAGGCCGAACAAGCCGAGGAGCAGUUAUAGGUCCGGUGGCAACCAGGUGAGGACUGUCCCCAGCAGCAGCAGCAGCAGCAACUUGUGGCACCCACAUUUGUGUGGCCACCGCUAGCCACGCACUACUAUAGUUUCUAAAUGAAUGGGGCAGUUGGUUAGGUGUACAGGCAAGGGCAAGGCAGAUUGAGCGAAACCAAAUUUUUAAGCAUACAUGCAUGUAUAUAUGAAUGUCUAUAUAUAUGCAUAUAUGUAUAUAUACAAUGACAAAGCAAAGAGCCCGCGGCAAAUGGAGCAGCAACUCCAAAUUGUUAGUAGUUAAUAAAACCUAAAGCAAAACAAAAAUGAAUACACACACACACACGCAAGCAUAUAACUUAUAUGUAUAUGUAAGCAUGCA